AUGGGUGGUAAUCAAUCUCAAUAUUGUCGACGUAGCUCUUAUUAUCAACAAUCUUCAUAUUAUGGAACAGCAUGGGGUCAACAACAACGAAGUCAUUUUCAACCUCGUCUUGGAUAUGGACAUAAUCAUUAUUAUAUAAGACAAAGACUUAGUUUUGGUGCACCACCACCUCGUCUACUGGUCAAUGCAACCCAUACACUUUAUGAAGAAGCUUUUGGAUAUCAAUCUUUAACACCAAAAGACCCCAUAGAUAUUAAUAAAUCCAUUUUUGCUCUUACCUCAGCUUCGAAAACAUUCAUCGGUGUUGCUGUUAUGCAACUUGUCGAGCAAGAACUCAUCGAUCUUGAUACAGAUGUUAAUCAAUAUAGAUAA